AUUGUUUACCGAUCGCUGUCGAGAAUGUCACUAUAAAGAGCAACAUUUGGUUGUGUAUGAGAAGAGAAAUUCUGCCUCCACUAGUGACAAGAAGCUUCGUUAAGGAACAAAGGUGUGUAACACAAGUGACACGGGGAGCAAAUUCCAUUCAGUUGCAAGAUAUAGCGUAAAAAUAGACUUUUGAUGAUGUGGAAAUCAAUGGCAAAAUGAAAAUAACACGUGAAGAGUUGUAAGUACAUACUUUCGUUAAAAGGAGUAAGGCAGGACGCACCUUUUAUUUUAGUGACUAACGAUGGGAAAUCAGGCGAUCACGUGUCCGGUGGCUCCAAAAGUCCGAGGACAAGAGCUUGGUAAAUACUUGACAGUAAGGCAAAUACAUUUAGUGCAGAAUUCAUGGGAUUUGAUCAAAGAUGAUCUUAGCAAGUUAGGAUUAUGCGUUUUCCUCAGGUUUUUUGAAACUGAACCAGAUCUAAAGUCUUUGUUUCCUAAAAUAGUUCAGAUGAACAACGAAAAUCAACUGGAAUAUGACAUCGAUAGAGAAAUGCUCCAGCGGCACGCCGUCACAGUUUUAGAGGGAUUGGGAGCUGCUGUAGAAAGUUUAGAAGAGUCAGAUUUCUUGAACAGUGUCCUCAUUUCUAUUGGUCAAACGCACGUAAAACGGCACGUGAAACCACAAAUGUUGCGAAGAUUAUGGCCGUCCUUAAAUUAUGGAUUGAAGCAAUGCUUAAAAGAAAAUUACACGAAGGAAGUCAAUGAGGCGUGGAAAAAGGUAUACUUCUACGUCUGCUUUCACAUGAAAAGGGGAAUGGAGAACCCCGAUCUGGACUUUGACUCAUGCUGCAACACUGCUUCCGGCUGAGACGUGUUAAACACGUGGCUUAAACGGGUGUUAAUCUAAGACAAGUUUUCCUAUAGUAAAUUCUCUUGAAAAUGUUUCAACUUCGGUAAUCUGCAGUUAGGUUACCACGGUGAGAAUUUUCACAAGCUUUGCCAACUUCCUGGGAAUAUACAACUCGCAUCCGGAGAUACGCCAGGGAAUGCGUUAAGGUGACUGACCAUUUAAAGCUAUUUGUUAACUUACCGACAGUGUUAAAUUCGUUUAUCUGGGUUACCUUAAACAAAUCGAAUAUUUAUUGAUCUAAUAUAAGAAUAUGGCCUUGUCAAUAUCUAAUUGGAUACGUUAACUUGUUUAUAUUGUUUAUGAUGUCAGUUAUUUGUUGUAUACUAGUACUGUACCGGAAAGAAAUGGAAUGCUAAAUAAUGCGGUAACAUGACUUAUAUCUAAGGAUAUGCUCAAAUGCUAUAAAAUCAGUAUAGUACUUCGAGAAGAGAUUUUUUAAAUAUGGAAAAUUCAUAUCAUAUUUAAUAUAAAGGUAGACAAGUUUUGAAAUAUGUAUGUACAUGUAAUAGCGUAUAAAUGUUGUCAUAUAUGUUUAAUAAAUAUUGUAUGAAUGUU